CACGAUCCAAUUCCACCCCUAGCCACUAAAAUGACUAUGGACGUUUACCAAAGAACCAUACGAGCAGAUUCAUCGCCGCCCAUCAGCGUAGACGAUUUCCGCGACCUUCCACCCACCAGCUCGCCCACCAGUCUGCUCAAAAAGCCAGCCAAACCGGCCAAACGCAGCUUCGACGUCGCCUUCCUCAUGGCACCGGACGACCUAUCGAAAAAACGCCACCAUCACCACCAAGACGACAAACCGAACCCGAUCAUCGUCAAAAAACCAUACAAAUACUCACCACCUGCCAACGACACCGGCGACAUCUACCAUCGCACCUCUUACAACAAUAUCGACGGCCAGUACCAAAUCAACCCUUUGAGUUUGACCAUUCACCAAGAUAAACUCCCCAGAGACGAUAUCCAUUCACCUGAUACCCUACUAGUGGAACAAAAAGAGAACCCUUUUUUCGUACGAAGCGCCUUUACCAAAGUAACCUCCGGUACCGGACUCGGCGGAGGUAAUUUCCAACUGAAUACCAGUCUGAUGUCGAGGACACCUCCUAUAGCUGUAUCUCCAUCUUCGGUCUCAUCUACAGCAUCGAAUCGUAGCGGUUUAUCUCCAGAUCUCACAUAUCAGGAUAGUCUCAGUCCGCAACCAUUCCAGCCUUUGAACAGGUCACCGGUUCAAAUCCUACCCGGAGGAGUAGGUGGAGGUCCAGCAUCUGUAGGCAAAUCCCCAUACCAUCAUCCUCAUAACGCGAAUCUGCAGUACUUCGUCGCAGCUUCUCAGCUCGGCAAUAACCAUUUACUCAAGGAUAUCAAAUCGGAAGAAAAGCUGGCUAAAUUUGGUCCUGGGUCCGAUUACGAUGAACCGGCAAAUUCCGCAUCUUCGUCGAUACCCAGUAAACACAAAUCUAAACAACUUCUACCACCGAGUACCAAACAGAACUUCCCAUAUCAUGCUGAUAAUCUAUCCAUCCCAUAUACCGGAUUCCCGAUGAGUACAUUCCCUUUCACACCAACCCUGGCACCUGCUGCUGCCUCAGCUUCUGUACCUAUAUUUCCAACAGCUGCGGCCAACUUGACAGCAGCACUGUUACCUCCUUCGUUCGCAGCGUUGACUUUACCAGCACAGAACGUCUGUGCCAAAUGCAACAUGCAUUUCCGUAUGACCUCGGAUCUAGUCUACCAUAUGCGUUCGCAUCAUAAAAACGAUACUAACGUGGUCGAUCCUUAUAAACGUCGAAGAGAUCAGGAUAAGCUCAAGUGCCCAGUGUGCAACGAGAGCUUUCGCGAACGACACCAUCUUACGAGGCAUAUGACUGCUCAUCAAGAUAAAGACGAAGACGACGAACGUAACAAGGACUUCGUCGAUGUGACGUUGCAAAGACCUAUUUCUUCGGGUUCGUCUAAAUGACACAAAGACCACAAGAAGCUGUUGAGGAGAUCGUCAUCGAUGAUGAAAUCCAGUACUUCGGCCUCUACUUCGGGCACUUCCGGAUCAGAUACUCGCCAGGUACUCAGCUUCUUCGGCGCUAAUUUGGCAUCGGCGCAUUCCAUAGAUCAUUUAACGAGGAAGAAUUUCCAUUGAGUAAGAUCUGCCAUCAAUCACUCGAUCGUAUGU